GUAUAUGGUGGAUUACAUAAAGUGCUUACACUGCCAGCAACUGUUUUGUUAGCAAAAACAAAUUCUAUAAGGUCCCUUAAAAGAGUGAUUGUUGUACAAUACUGGGGACCAAUGGUUAAAAACAUACCAUGCACGCGGCAGUCACAUCACACAACCUGCAUGCGCGUGUGACGCACUCAAGAAGAUUACAUCCCCGCGUCACAAAGACGACCGCGCGUUUCAAUGACGGAACAAUGCUUGCAUAAGCGAGCGUUUCCAUAGCUUUGUAAAAUAGGGGGGAUAUGACAGUGUCAUGAUCCAAAAACAAAUCAGCUGAAAUUAUUAAGUUAUAAGUCGUCUGCAGAUAGACGGGUGGCUCGGCGUGGUGUUUUUUGUGUGGUGAAUAACUUUUGGAGGCGUUAGUAUAUUCUUGCCUUUUGGCUCCUUAAGAGAAACGUUAGUAAUGGAGAGUCCGUUUACUCUCUUUGUCAUUAUCAUCAUAUUAUAAAUGAUAGAAACGAAUUCAUUUCUAGGCUUGCAUAUGCCUAACAAAUACUUAAACAAAACGUGAAUUUUCAUUUUUUUUUACUAAACAAAUUAAUCUGCUAUUUAGCACAUAACUUUAAAUGCUACCAAAAUGAUAACAAAGCCAAUACCAAACAAUGUUGAAUUCCUUCAUGGUAUUACAGUUGAAUCGACCCAGUUAACGUAGACCAUGGCGUUAAGGGGUCCGAAGAGAAGGGGUUCGCCAUCCUCCAAGCGUCCCGGCGUAGUUGCCUCCAAAUUACGUGGGGGCAGAUCGAGGUACAUAAGGCAAGCUACGAUUGGAAAACGAAGAAGCAGUAGGAACCUUCGUCAUCGUGAGGUCAAGACUUCCGGAUCCGGGGUCAACACUUCUGGGAUGUCAUUAAGGGUAAAGGGUCAGAAGAAGAUCGACAUCUCCGAGAGAGCUGCUCAUCGAAAUUCCAUCCGUCGAAUAAAAGCCACGACUAGGCUUCCCUGGCGUUCUACCAUCACCGCCUCAACCACGCCACGCUCCAAAUCACUCCACGCCUCAACCACGCCACGCUCCAAAUCACUCCACGCCUCCACCACACCAAGUUCAAAGUCACUUCAUUGGUACAACCUUCGAAGCUACACUUCACUUCACAAAAGUUCAAAUGCCAGUAGGGUCAGUGUGGGUAAUCCUGCCCGGUCUUCACCAAGUUUGAAAACCAAAUCAAUAAGUAAGAAGCGUACCCGGGUAGGCAAAGGGCGAUUUGGACCUAGGAAUGUUCAACGAAGAGGGCUUCGUGCCGAUAUUAUGAAGGAUCUGAUGUCUCGUCUUAUACUAGUCCAUUCUGCUGCUACGUCAUCACACCUCCUACAGAAAGAUAAACCAAUUACCGCAAAGCUUCGUCCCCGUGGAGUAUUCAACAACCAAUCACAAUCGAUCAUGACUGUGGUUAGAAAACUCAAAAGGUGCUUAGCAGCGACGGCUCGAAUCUGCUGCUUUAUGUGUCUACGCAACGGUAAAAUGAAAUGUGCUGAGUUCACAAAUUCAUGGCCAGGAGAGCGAGUGCACUGUUUUAGAAGUUGAAAUAUUUAAUGAGAAAAAAACCCCGAUAUUUUUUAAUCCAUUUGACUUCAUGAGAAGGACUUUAACUAACGGAAUAUUUCAGUAAAAGUUUUCUACUGCCAAAUAUUAUUAUUUUAUCCAAAAUAAGAAACGUUACUUGACAUUUUGGCUUCAUCGUUUGGGGAAACCUCCCCAACUAACUAUAGUUAUUUUGCCAUAAUUUAAUCUUUGCAAAGUAAGCUCUAAAGACCAUUAACUUGGUUUGUUCAAAACAAUGAUGAAAGCUUUUAUAAGGAAUGAAAAUCAAGUUUGAACGUAAAGUUGUAAGAUCGUAAUAAGUUCUCGUAUUUGGAAUGUGAUCACUUUGUUACAGUUAAGAAAGUAUGGAUGAAUAAACAC